UAUUUCAACAGCAGAAAUAUAAAAAUGAGCAGAAGAGAACGAUGAAAAAUCUUCUAGUUGCCUGUCCAAGAUUACAUUUGCUAUAAUCUUCGGCAGAUGUGGUUUUAAACAUUUUUAUCAUUGCAAGAUUAAAUUGAAACCUCAUCUUUUAAGAAAACUUCGGAGAUAUGAACCUUUGAUGAUAAAUACUACUUGGCAGAGACACUUUUCUUGUGAGAAUAAUGGUAAGAGGCUUUAAAACAGUUUUUUCAUUGAAAAUUGAAGUUCAAGUAAAGGAUCACAUUUGUAAGCUUAUAUGAAAAGGCAAGCUAAAUAUUAACCAUAUGAAAAUAAUAAAACCACGCACUUCUGGGAAAAAGUAAAUUUACAAGUAAAUAUCAAACAUUCGGCAUUCCCUUUUAAAGAUAAUUUUGUAAUUGUGAAGUGUAAUUUUCAAAUGCCAAAAACCACCUGCUCUUGAUUAAUGUUUAAGCAUUUACUGGUGCAAAAGAACACAUAUUGACCUAUUUGAAAGUAAUUACGACUGCAUUCUCAUUCAACUUAAACUGCUUGUACUGACUGGAUCUUAUCUGCCGACAGUCUUCGGAUAAUAAGACUUUAUAUCAAGAGCUUUGUUAUUCAGGAGUAGAAACUGCAAAUGGAAUUCAUUCCUAACUAAUCUUCUUUGAGGAUCAUGGUGCUACCCUGCAAUGACGACAUUUUAGCAAGGGCAAAGUCCCCUUUCUACAUAUGUGCUAUCUUCAACCUUGUCCUUGCAGUACCUACUACACUACUGAAUACAUCAUUCAUUGUAGCUGUUCUUAAAUCUAGUGACCGGGCAGAACCAUAUCAAAUUCUGAUGCUGAAUCUGGCAAUAACCGAUCUUUUGACAGGAAUUGUUUCUAUGCCAAGUCAAUUCAUUUCAUAUCUUCAUAAUUCACACUUCAAAGAAACUUGCUAUAGCAAAGUAGUUGCUGAAAAUAUUACAUUCUUUCUUGGGAUGGCCUCCUUUUUUACUGUAAUCGCGGUUACAAUGGAGAGGUACACCUAUGUUUUUCAUCCUUUCUUUUACAAUGAGAAGCUCACAUCUCGUUUCUUGACAGCCAUGGCAGGAAGUAUAUGGCUAUUAUCGAUUGCUCUUUCAGUUGCAUAUUUAUUUACGGGAGGCAGCUAUUUGAUUAAUACAUGCAUUGGCGUUCUUGCCUCGGCUCUUAUUUUUUUCUGCUACACAAGGAUAAUGCUUCGUGCUCGGAGAGUACGUCGUCAAAUAGCGGCAGAAGCAGGACGUUUUGGACAACUUAGAAUGAACAAGAAGGACAGGAAUCUUGUCGUUGUUGGUGGAUUGAUUAUAAUUUCAUUCUUUGUUUGCUAUGCUCCAACUGUUUUGUCAAAUCUGUUUUUGGCUUUCGGCAUACGAAGUCAUAUUUUCCGAGGCAUGUAUUACUGGCUAUUAUUGCUGGUCCUUAGCAACUCUUUUAUUAACCCAAUCAUAUCCUGUACAUUCAAUCCAAGAGUAAGAAGAAAAGUCAUCAGAAUAUGGAGUUGUGGACGUAAAGGUAGAACCCAUUGAUAAGUUC